AUGCCUUAUGUCCGACCUUGUGACAGUUAUAGCAAACUCUCUGAAACUUGCACUGCUGAGGCGCUCUCUGAUCAUGCUGGGGUCCCUUCUUAUGAGGACCUUGCUGCUGCUGCUGAGAUCCAUAAAAAGACACACUAUUGCACAAUUAAGAUAAAGAUAACUACUAUUUUGAAUAGACUCGAGCCAUGGUUCUAUGCUUGCAAAGGCUACAACAAGAAGGUAGAUAAAGAUGUCAGUAAAGAUAGUCUGAAUGAUAAAAGUCGCAGAAUCAUUGAUGAAUUAGUACCAAGGUACAUAGUUAAGAUUCUCGUGAAAAAUAGCACGGAUAAUGCAAGAGUAAUACUGUUUGAUGCGAUAGAAACUCUUAUUGGAUGCGCAACAGAAAAAUUCAUUAUAGGAAAGGAGGUGUAUUUCCUUGUCUUUUCUGUAAUUGCAGGACGAACAGGCCUCCGACCUCUCACAAACCCUAGAUCUGAGGCAGCCGAUUCUCUAAGUCCCCAUCUCUCAGUCUCAUCUCCAUUUCUCGUCGACGACCUGUGCUCCUCCCUACCCGCUCCGACGCCCUCCUCCCACUCCGACGACGCCCUCCCUACCCGCGAUGAUGACUUGUGCUCCUCCCUCUCCGACGCCCUUCUCUCCGUGACGACGCCCUCCUCCCCGAUUGUUGCAUUUCUUCUCUAUGUACAACAAUGGAAGAAAAGGAUUGUGUUUGUUUUAAACAAACUGGAUAUCUAUCGAAAUACCAGUGAGCUUGAGGAAGCCACUGCAUUCAUUAAAGAGAAUACAUGCAACCUACUAAGUGUAGAAGACAUAAGGUUGUAUCCUGUGUCUGCACAUUCUGCACUGGAAGCAAAAAUUUCUGCUUCAAAUUACAGUAAAAGAAGCUAUGAUCAGCUUUUAUCUAACGAUCCUCGGUGGGCAACUAGUAGAUUUUAUGAACUAGAAAAGUUCCUGUUCAGUUUCUUGGAUGGUUCAACAGAAUAUGGUAUGGAAAGAAUGAGGCUUAAACUUGAAACACCAAUUGGCAUUGCAGAUCGAUUGCUAAGUUUUUGUGUAAGGCUUGUGAAACAAGAUUAUGAAAAUGCCAGUCAAGAUUUGAUAUCUAUUAAAGAAAUGGUUAAGAGUGUUGAUGUGUGUACUAUGAAGAUGGAGCAAGAGAGUAGGUCUUGGAGGAAACGUGUUGUCUCACUGAUUGAGACAGCAAGAACUCGAGCAAUAGAACUUGUGGAGUCUACCCUUCAACUGUCAAAUGUUGAUAUUAUUGCUACGUAUACUUUCAAAAGAGAAGGAUCAGCCCCCUUGCCUGUCACUUCAGCUGUUCAAAAUGAAAUUAUCAAUCCUGCUAUCACUGAUGCACAGUUAGCUUAUUUUGGAAUUUUAUUUCUCAUACAAACAAACAUCACAAGGGGAAUCCGCAACCUGCAUUGGAAUCAGAUGAAGGGAAUGACUCAGCACCUAAAUCAUAAUGUUCAUUGACGAGCAUGAAGUUCAUGGUGGUGGAGAGGUUAGAGGAGGUACUCCCGUAGUGCGCAGCAGCACGAUACGACGUUCUAAUGCAGAUGACGCUGAUAACAGGGAUGCCGACAACGACGAUGACGAGGAGUGAGUGAGACUUGUGUUAAGACAUAUUAUGACUUUUGAAUUUUACGUAUAUGUAAUAUAUUUGUGAUUUUAUUGUGUAGUGAAUGAAUAUUAUUUGAGCGUGCGAGAUGUAUUGUGAUCGUGAUUAUAUGAUGAGUAUUGUAUUGUUCGAUAUUGUGGAUUGACAGAUGAAAUUGGAUGAGUAUUCAUUUGGAAUGUGAAUGUAUAUCAUGGUUGAUUUUAUAA